GUCAAAGUGCUACCCGCCUUGAGGAAAUUGCGAAGGCUGCACCUGGCACUGAACAGCACCGCAGAUCCCAGCGGAACCAUGAUCUUGGACUGCCUGGCUUCGCACUCUUCCUGCCUGCGGACAUUGCAGAGCCUCAGCUUCGAUGUUCAUUUCGCACCGAACACCGUGCCAGAGGCCUUCGCAGCUUCCUUACAGCGAUGUCUCAAGGCGCAUCCUCUUCGUCAUCUGUCCCUUCAGGCUGUUUCUCCGCCUGCAUCAGGCCUCUUGUCUCGUAUCGUCCCACAGAUGACUUGGCCGGAGAACUGCUGCAUGCUUUCCUUGCACCAUCUCUCCAACAGUGUCUCACUGGCGGCCUUGGCGCAGCAACUGGCCCGAGAUGCCGUCGCAGGCCUGACUCUUUGUGUUCUUCAUUCAGAUGACGUAACAAGCGAGCAGAUGCUGAAGUUUCUAUCGGACCUGAACCUAUCGCAGCUGCAGUCGCUUGCACUGGACUUUCAGCUCUAUCCGAUGCUUGCUGAUGCGGAUGACUGUUUACUGGCAGAUCGCUUCACUAAGAGCCUUUGCAAGCUGGUGAGCUCCCUGAAAUCGCUGAAGCAGCUCACCCUCGGUACAGCCGCCUGCACGGAGGCCGGACUCCUGGCGGUGGCAGAGUCGGCUGCGCAGCGCAAG